CUUUUUCGUUUGCGGAAAACAAACAGAUAUUUGAUUCAUUUACCUGUGGCGUGUAGCUGAAUUGUAAUGACACCAGCUAUUUGAAAACAAUUUGUCACACACUCAGAAUGGAAGACGACGCACCUGUCAUUUAUGGUCUUGAGUUUCAGGCUCGGGCGCUGACAGCACAGACAGCUGAGACAGAUGCCAUAAGAUUCCUCGUGGGCACACAGUCACUCAAAUUUGACAAUCAGAUCCACAUCAUUGACUUUGAUGAUGAGAAUAACAUCAUUAAUAAGAGCGUCCUCCUGCACCCUGCCGGGGAGAUAUGGCACAUCAGCGCCAGUCCUGCCGACAAAAGUGUGCUGACGACGUGCUACAACAAGACCAGCGAGAGCCGGGUGGUAACGUGUGCAGCCGUGUGGAGGAUGCCCCCGGAAUGGGAAUCAGGCAGCCACGAGUCCCCCGACGAUUCAUCAAACAACCCACAGACCCUGGAGCUGCUCUGUCACCUUGACAACACAGCCCACGGCAACAUGGCCUGUGUGCUGUGGGAGCCCAUGGGCGACGGCAGGCGUGUGAUCUCUCUGGCCGAUAACCACGCGGUGCUGUGGGACCUUCAGGAGAGCUCUUCUAAAGCCACGGUCUCCAGCAGUGCCACCCUGGAGGGGAAAGGGCAGCUGAAGUUCACCGCGGGCAAGUGGAGCCCGCACCACAACUGCACCCAGCUGGCCACCGCCAAUGACACGGCCAUCCGCGGCUGGGACCUGCGGAGCAUGAGUCAGAUCUACUGUAUUGAGAAUGCGCAUGGCCAGCUGGUGCGGGAUCUGGACUUCAACCCCAAUAAGCAGUACUACCUGGCCAGCUGCGGGGACGACUGCAAGGUCAAGUUCUGGGACGUGAGGAACGUCAACGAGCCGGUCAAGAGCCUAGAGGAGCACUCCCAUUGGGUGUGGAGUGUGCGGUAUAACCACUCCCAUGACCAGCUGCUGUUGACGGGCAGCAGUGACAGCCGUGUGAUCCUGUCCAACAUGGUGUCCAUCUCCUCCGAGCCCUUUGGACACCUGGUGGACGACGACGACCUCAGCGACGCCGAGGACACGCACCAGGACGAGAAGAUCCGUGAGCCGCUGCAGGACAGCAUCAUCGCCACGUACGAGGAGCACGAGGACAGCGUCUACGCGGUGGAGUGGUCAUCGGCAGACCCCUGGCUCUUCGCCUCGCUCAGCUACGACGGACGCCUCGUCAUCAACAGGGUCCCCCGGGCCCUCAAGUACCGCAUCCUGCUGUAGAGAGGGGGGGGGGGGGGGAAGAGGAAG